AUGGCUCCUAAGAGAGCGACGCGGCCACGGAUUGAAGAGGUAAAAAAGGCGGUGUUGAAAGCAUUGAGAGAGGGGUCGGUUGCACACAAGGAGGAUGUGGAUGAGCUGCGGCAGAUGUUGACUGUUUUGAAGGAGGAGAACAAGGCGACUGCUGCUGUGAUGGAGGAGAGGGAGAGACGACUGGAAGCAGUGAACGGGGAGUUGGCAUUUGUGAAGGGGGAGUUGGCAUCAGUGAAAGGAGAGCUGGGAGCGGUGAAGGGAGAGUUGGCGGAACACAAAGUCGCAAUGGCAGAAAAAUUGGCUGAGAGUGCAUCGGGUGUGAAGGGGUUGAAAGGGAAGAGUAGAAAGAGAAAGCAAGAAGGGACAGAUGAGUUUGCACGGGAGGAGGAGAGGAGGAGGGAGGUGCAGGAGAUGGAUCGGCCACGUGCCAUGGAGGAAUCGGCAGCCUGUAAAAAGGGGCGGAAGACAAAAAAUCUGAAGUUGAAUGUUGAGGAGCAAAUUAGGCGGAGUAAAGGCAAUCGGAAGGCUGCACGGGAGGCAAUCAAGGCAGCAUCGUCAGGAUUCAAUGCAGAGGGCAUCAAGGACCUCUAUAGGCUGCCACUGCUGGAGUUCCUACAACUCCAAGGCACUGGCGUCGCAGACAAUGCCUUGGAAGGUAUUGGGUCCUUGGCCAGUCUCGAGGCGCUCUUUCUUUGGGACACCAAUGUUACCGAUGCUGGCCUGCUGCACUUGACUGACCUCUCCUCUCUCAAAGAGCUGGGCCUUUCCAAUUGCAAAGGAGUGACUGAUGCGGGCAUGGUGGAGGUGGGAAAGCUGCUACGGCUUGAGCAACUUGUGCUGGAUGGAUUGGCAGUCUCAGACACUGGUCUGCAGCAUCUCACGGGUCCGUCCUCUCUGAAACUGCUGAGCCUUGUCGAAUGCGAGGGUGUGACAAGUGCUGGCAUGAAAGACGUGGGAAGGCUGAUUGGGCUGGAAACACUUUGGCUGAGUGGGACGGCAGUUACAGAUGCAGGGCUGCAGCGACUUACAGCUCUAUCCACUCUCAAAUUCCUUUACCUUUCCGGAUGUAAGGGUGUGACAAGUGCUGGCCUGAUUCAUGUGGGAAGGCUGACAAGCCUUCUAGAGCUUAAGCUGGAUGAGACGACAGUUACGGAUGCUGGUCUGCGCCAAUUGACGGGUCUCUCCUCACUCGAUGUGCUGGACCUUGGCAGUAAUCAAGGUGUGACAAGUGCCGGCAUGAUGGAGGUGGGAAGGCUGACAGCCCUUGAGAAACUUUGGCUACAUAAGACGGCACUUAGAGAUGAUGGGCUGCAGCAGCUGACGGGUCUCUCUUCUCUCGGAGUGCUAAUCCUUUCCACCUGCAAGGGUGUGACAGAUGCUGGCAUGGUGCAUGUGGGGAGGCUGACAGGGCUUGAGGAGCUUUGGCUGAAUGGAACGGCAGUCACGGAUAAUGGGUUGCAGCAGCUGACUGCCCUGACCAAGCUGAAAAGUCUCUAUACGCCAAAAAGGGGCUACCUUAAGAAUGAUGACGUGCGCAGGCGGAUAGGCGGAUAG